AUGAUUGAAUUUUUGGACAACAGUAAACUGAUACUGGGGAAUAUAAAAGAGCUUAGAAAAAUAAUUAAGGAAAUGAAAGAAUGUAUUAGAAUGAAACAGACUUCUGUGCUGACUGAGGAAAAGGAGCUUGCUCUGGAUAAGAAGAUUGAUACAUUAGAUAUCACAUUCGACAAGAUUUGUCAUGCUGUAAAAGACGCUAUCAAAAGUACCCAAGAAGAGACCAAUAAACUGGAGAAGAAUGGGGAAUUGACUAAAGAAGAGAUUGAAAUACGGAAAGUCCAUACGUAUAAGUAUUAUAAGGAGUUAUCUGAUGCAGUAUAUUCCUAUAGAAACUUGAAGAGUGAGUAUAAGACGAAGGAGAAAGAUUUGUUGAAGCAAGCCUUUCAGAUUGUAAAUCCAAACGUAAGUGAGGCUGAGCUUGACAAGAUUGUUGAAUGUUCUGAUUCCGAGGCAUCAUUAAAUACGGCAUUUUCACUAGGAACACAUUCUGGACAGCAAAUGCUGAAACAGGCCAAGUAUCGAAGAAAGAAAAUAGACAACAUUGUGGAAAAUAUAAAUAAGCUUGUGGCUUUGAUAGAUGAAAUAGAUGAAAUGGUUCAUAAAAACACAAAGGUUGUAGAUGAGAUCGUUGUGAAUGUUACAGCGGCAGAAAUGAAUACGAAGCAAGCGAACAAAGAGCUUGAAUCUGCUUUGGCGUACCAAAGAAAACUGAAUAUCAUCAAAAGGAUAGCUGUUGGAGUUGUUAUUUUAAUAGUUAUUGUGCUUAUUCUGUUUAUGGCAUCAAAGAGCAAUACUACAUACGUUUAUAACAGACCUUAA